ACUUCAACUGAGCUGUGGAGUCUGGGCAAAGGGGAGGGCUGAUUUCGUGUGCACUAUAAGAGUACAGAGGCACCACAAGCUGCACUGCAUAAAAGGUUUUCCCUCCCAGGACAUCUGUGAAAUACUGAACGAGAGCAGUGAGCCACACAACGAGAACAGCAGCAGCAGGAAAGCAGCAACAGCAGCAGCAGUCAUGAAGUUUCAAGCUAUUUUCUUCCUUCUCCUCCUCACCUGCAUGUACCUGAGUCUUGCACAAGGCUCGUACGGUAACUGUUGCCUUGGCCAUGUUAAGAAGAUGAGAAAGUAUGCCAGGCAAAACAUAGAAAGUUACAGGAUGCAGGAAACAGAUGGCGAUUGCAACCUCAGAGCGGUUGUGUUUCAGAUCAAGAAGAGGCCUUCACAAGACAAACAGCCAAAUAUCUGCGCCAAUCCACAGGAACCUUGGGUCCAGGCCCUGAUAAAGGGCGUGGACAGGCGAAUGCAGCAAUAAACCAUGAAAAGGACAGAAAGAAGAGAAGGAUGGGAGAGAAGAGAGCAGCUUUCACUUUCGUGUCAGUCAUCAAAUUUCACCUUUAACCAAAUGGAUUAUGUUUCAGUAGGUUAGGUAUUUCCUGGUGCUGACAGGCAAUGUAAAUCAUGUACACAGUUCACUAUAACACGGACAUACCCUAUCCUCAAAUCUACAGCAAGCAUAGCAAAAUUCAUUUAUACUGUAUGUUUAUUAUGAUGUUGUUCACUGUUCUGUGCUAAGUAGAGCCAACUGCUAGGAACGAGCCAUUAGUCGGCAGCUUUGAAAUGUAUGUACACCUGUGUGUGUGUGUGUGUGUGUGUGUGUGUGUGUGUGUGUGUGUGUGUGAUGUAUAUGUAAAACACAUUUUUGGAUUAAGCUUUUUUUUGUUAAUAAACCAGAUUUCUGUAUUUUUGUAUAUGCACUCUAUUGUACGUUGUGUCUUCCUCUAUCAAAUAAAGAAGCAACACGAACAAAGA